GGCGGAGCUGAGCGGGAGCCGGGUCGCGGGUGAGCGGCGGGCGGCUCGGGGGGUGGGCGCAGCCCCGCAGCAGGGAGCCGGCCCCGGGCCCCCCGCACCCCCCGAGGCGGGGACCGGGGCGGCGAGGCCGCGCCGGGCAGGGUCGGGGGUCCAGGCUGCGCGUGCCGCCCCCGGCCCGGCAUGGAGGGCGCCGGGGCGUGUGUGGCUGUGAGCGGCUGGUGCAGACGCGGGCGGGGCGCGCCGGGCUCCUCGCGAGGAGAGGGGCUGGGAUCCUGGCAGCGCUUUGCCUCGGUGGCCUGGUCUUGCCUCCCUGGGGCUCAGCCCGUGAGAACAGGGCGACGGGGCCAGCCCCGCGCGGGCGUGGUGGCCGCGGAGUCCCUGGAGCCUUGUCCGAGACCACCGACACCAGUCUGAGUUGCUCUGAACCGCUGUCUGCUCCUCGUUUAAACAGUUACAACCCAGGCUUCUGGGGCUGCUGGCAAGGUGAAGCAAGGCAGCAGUGUAGGGCUGUAGCGUGCCUGCGAAGGAGGAGCUGUAGAAGGGGCGCUUUCCCUGACUCCACAGGUGUCUGCUGAAGUCGCUAAGACCCUGGGGCAGCUCAGCACCCCCACCUGAAGACACUGGUGGGACAGUUACACCAUAACUGCUGGCCGCUCUUAUGACAUAGAAGUGAGAAAACCUAAGGGAACGUUUCAGGGAGUUGGCCUGGCACUGCACCAGGGCAGUGUCUGAGCUGUUUCACCGCUGUUUCCCGGAGAGCGGAGCGAGGCCGGGUUCUGGCAUCCUGAGGCGAGAUGAGGACCGUGCUCAUGGUGGCCGAGAAGCCGUCCUUGGCCCAGUCCAUCGCCAGAAUCCUCUCUCGAGGGAGCAUGUCCUCACGCAAAGGGCUGAACGGGACGUGCUCGGUGCACGAGUACACCGGGACCUUCGCUGGCCAGCCGGUCCGCUUCAAGAUGACGUCCGUCUGCGGUCACGUAAUGACCCUGGACUUCCUGGGAAAGUACAACAAGUGGGACAAGGUGGACCCCGCCGAGCUGUUCAGCCAGGCCCCGACAGAGAAGAAGGAGGCCAACCCCAAGCUCAACAUGGUGAAGUUCCUGCAGGUGGAGGGCAGAGGCUGCGACCACGUCGUGCUGUGGCUGGACUGCGACAAGGAGGGAGAGAACAUCUGCUUCGAGGUCCUGGACGCCGUGCUGCCCGUCAUGAAUCAGGCCCACGGCGGGGAGAAGACGGUGUUCCGGGCCCGGUUCAGCUCCAUCACAGACACGGACAUCUGUGCCGCCAUGGCCCGGCUGGGCGAGCCCGACCACAACGAGGCGCUCUCGGUGGACGCGCGGCAGGAGCUGGACCUGCGCAUCGGCUGCGCCUUCACCAGGUUUCAGACGAAAUACUUCCAGGGGAAGUACGGCAACCUCGACAGCUCGCUCAUCUCCUUCGGGCCAUGCCAGACCCCCACGCUGGGCUUCUGCGUAGAGAGACAUGACAAGAUCCAGUCUUUCAAGCCGGAGACCUACUGGGUGCUGCAGGCCAAGGUGGACGCCGACAAGGACCGGUCCCUCCUUUUGGACUGGGACCGCGUGCGCGUGUUUGACCGGGAGAUCGCACAGAUGUUCCUCAACAUGACCAGGCUGGAGAAGGAGGCCCAGGUGGAGGCCACGAGCAAGAAGGAGAAGGCCAAGCAGAGGCCACUGGCCCUGAACACCGUGGAGAUGCUGCGUGUGGCCAGCUCUUCCCUGGGGAUGGGCCCGCAGCACGCCAUGCAGACCGCCGAGCGGCUCUACACGCAGGGCUACAUCAGCUACCCGCGCACGGAGACCACCCACUACCCGGAGAGCUUCGACUUGAGGGGGCCGCUGCGGCAGCAGGCCAACCACCCUUGCUGGGCCGACACGGUGAGGCGGCUGUUAGCGGAAGGCAUCAACCGCCCGCGGAAGGGCCACGACGCCGGCGACCACCCCCCCAUCACCCCCAUGAAGUCGGCCACGGAGGCUGAGUUAGGGGGCGAGGCCUGGCGGCUGUACGAGUACAUCACCCGGCACUUCAUCGCCACCGUCAGCCACGACUGCAGGUACCUGCAGAGCACCAUCUCCUUCCGCAUCGGGCCCGAGCGCUUCAGCUGCACGGGCAAGACCGUCAUCUCCCCGGGCUUCACGGAGAUCAUGCCCUGGCAGAGUGUGGCCCUGGAGGAGAGCCUGCCCACCUGCCAGCGGGGCGACACCCUUGCUGUGGCCGAGGUCAAGAUGCUGGAGAAGCAGACGAGUCCGCCCGACUACCUGACAGAGGCCGAGCUCAUCACGCUCAUGGAGAAGCACGGCAUCGGGACCGACGCCAGCAUCCCCGUGCACAUCAACAACAUCUGCCAGCGCAACUACGUGGUCGUGGAGAGCGGGCGCCGGCUCAAGCCCACCAACCUUGGCAUCGUCCUGGUGCACGGCUACUAUAAGAUCGACGCGGAGCUCGUGCAGCCCACCAUCCGCAGCGCGGUGGAGAGACAGCUGAACCUGAUCGCACAGGGCAGGGCCGACCACCGCCAGGUCCUGGGCCACACUCUGGACAUCUUCAAGAGGAAGUUUCACUACUUCGUGGACUCCAUUGCGGGCAUGGACGAGCUGAUGGAGGUGUCCUUCUCGCCCCUUGCGGCCACAGGCAAGCCCCUCUCCCGCUGCGGGAAGUGCCACCGGUUCAUGAAGUUCAUCCAGGUAGGAGGCGGAGGGGGCAGGUGUGCGCAGACGGGCGGUCCCGCCACCCCGCGGGCCUCGCUGCAGGCCUGGGCAGCCAUGCCGGCAGACCCCACCGCUGCCCGCAGGCCCCAGCAGCGCGGGAGCUGUCCAGGUCCUCUUGCCAGCACGUUCCCUGUUGUCACGCGUACUAACCUGUGUGCAGGGAGUUCAGCUUUUGUGCGCGUGUGUGGCGAGUGUCCUGGGACUCGGUGGCCGGGGUCCUCGCCUGAGAGGCCCUGGCAACGUUCUGUACUGCAAGUUGCGCAUUCGCAUUUUGCACUGUGUGUUCCGUGUUACGGGCGUUACACAUUACGUCUCACACGUCAUGUAUCCUGUGUCCCGGGGAGAACGGGGUGGGCGGGAGGGUCGAGGCCCCAGCAGCCCCGUGCCCACACCCCGACGUUGCCCCAGGCCAAGCCGAGCCGCCUGCACUGCUCCCACUGUGACGAGACCUACACCCUCCCCCAGAACGGCACCAUCAAGCUCUACAAGGAGCUCCGGUGCCCGCUGGACGACUUCGAGCUGGUGCUGUGGUCGUCGGGCUCGCGCGGCAAGAGCUACCCGCUGUGCCCGUACUGUUCCAACCACCCACCCUUCCGAGACGCGAAGAAAGGCACGGGCUGCAACGAGUGCUCGCACCCCACCUGCCCGCACUCGCUGAGCAUGCUGGGCAUCGGUCAGUGCGUGGAGUGCGAGAGCGGCGUGCUGGUGCUCGACCCCACCUCGGGCCCCAAGUGGCGGGUGGCCUGCAACAGGUGCAGCGUGGUGGCCCACUGCUUCGAGAACGCCCACCGUGUGCGCGUGUCCGCCGACACCUGCGGCGCCUGCGAGGCCGCCCUGCUGGACGUCGACUUCAACAAGGCCAAGUCCCCGCUGCCGGGAGACGGCACGCAGCACACGGGCUGCGUCUUCUGCGACCCCAUCUUCCAGGAGCUGGUGGAGCUGAAGCACGCGGCCUCCUGCCACCCCAUGCACCGCGGGCCCGGGAGGAGGCAGGGCCGGGGCCGGGGCCGCGGCCGAAGGCCAGCAGGGAAGCCGGGCGCCAGGCGGCCCAAGGACAAGAUGUCAGCCCUGGCCGCCUACUUCGUGUGACGUCUCUGCCCGGGCUGCACACGGUGUCCUCUAGGCUACAGAAAUCAUUAAACACAUUUUCUCCUCCAGAACAAGCGCUCGGGACCUCGCCUGCUGUCAGAGGGCUGUGCCCGUCCCCACUGGCCCUCUGGCCCUGUCCCCUCGCCUCUCCCUCGUCCUGCACACACCCCCUGAGUGCUGGCUCUGCCCACGUCCUGCAGGGAGGCCACCGGGCAUGGGACGGGGAGCAGACCCAGCCCGAGGCUCCCGCCGUGCUCCAGUGCGUGUGAGACACGUCACAGUGGCUGUGCGCACAUGUCGGGGGCGCCUGGAAGGCCGGAAGCCACCCACUGUCCUAGGCGGGAGGAGGCGGCUGGGAGAAGUCCCCCCCGGACGCUGGCCCUCACUCCCACCCACUGCCCGGGGCCAGACCCCCGCUGCCCACUUGGCAUCUCUGAGCAGGUCUGAGUGUGGGGCCUGCCCCCGCCCCGGGCCUGUUCCCAUUCUGGUUCUCAAACACCCCUCCUCUAAGACAGAGGCAGGCAGCAGCUUACGUGAGGGAAUCGCCCAUGUGCCACGUGGAGAAAGUACCCCACAAGCCACACCUCCCUGCAGGCUGCCACCUGCCGCCUUCCCAUGCCUGCCCAGCCCGAGGGGCACCCACGUUAGGCCACCAGGCCUUAGGAUUUCACCCCCUGCCCAGGCUCCGCCGCAAGGGAGCUCCACAAAACAUGUCUCCGAGGCUGCGUGACAGGCAGGUCAGAGCCCUGCUGUCUGCACACGGACCACUACCUUGGUUGCAGAUUUAGCCUGAGAGGCUGGAG